GCUACAAUUGAAGUCGACGGGCUAAACGUCAGUUUUGUGUUACGUAAAGAACUCAGAACAAGUUGAAUCUUCCAGCUCAGAAGGCUGAAGGUCCACGAAAAAGGGAAAAUUCAGUGAAAUUAAAGUGAUCCAAGUAUUUUGAUCCGGCGCAAUCUCAGCAGGAUGUCCUACUGCACGAGGAUAAUAACUCGCAAGGCGAAGCGUGCUGCUGCGGCCGCCCACGCCAUGAACCUCCAGCAGCGUCUCUUCCAUGCAUCCUGCGUUGCUUCCUCCAAGGUGGCCAUCUCAAAGUUCGACAGUUCGGUGUAUAUGCCGUACGAGAAGCUGACGUCUCGCAUUGAGAUCGCGAAGAAGCGUCUCAAUCGCCCAUUGACGCUCGCUGAGAAGGUUCUCUACUCCCAUUUGGAUGAUCCGCAGAAUCAGGAAAUUCAGCGUGGGGUAUCCUACCUUCGCCUAAGGCCUGAUCGUGUAGCCAUGCAGGAUGCAACGGCUCAAAUGGCCAUGUUGCAGUUCAUUUCAUCGGGAUUGAAGCGUGUGGCUGUGCCAUCGACAAUCCACUGUGAUCACUUGAUCGAGGCCCAAAUUGGUGGGGAGCAGGACUUGAAGCGCGCCAAAGACAUCAAUGCUGAAGUCUACAAAUUCCUCUCGACGGCUGGAGCCAAGUAUGGGGUGGGCUUCUGGAAGCCAGGAUCGGGAAUUAUCCAUCAGAUCAUCCUUGAGAACUACGCGUUCCCCGGGCUGUUGAUGAUCGGCACGGAUUCCCACACGCCCAAUGGUGGUGGUUUGGGUGGUCUCUGCAUUGGUGUCGGUGGUGCCGAUGCUGUGGACGUAAUGGCGGACAUUCCGUGGGAGCUGAAAUGCCCCAAUGUAAUCGGGGUGCAUCUCACGGGGAAGAUCAGCGGGUGGACAUCGCCAAAGGAUGUCAUUCUCAAAGUUGCUGACAUUCUCACCGUCAAGGGUGGUACUGGUGCCAUCAUUGAGUACCACGGAAAGGGUGUUGAUUCCAUCUCGUGCACCGGAAUGGCAACAAUUUGCAACAUGGGUGCUGAAAUUGGUGCCACCACCUCCAUUUUCCCCUUCAACAACCGCAUGGCGUCCUACCUGAAGUCCACAGGACGUGCUGGAAUUGCCACAGAAGCAACGAAAUUCCAAGGAAAGCUCCUUUCACCCGAUCAUGGAUGCAAAUACGAUGAUGUCAUUGAGAUCAAUUUGGACAAACUUGAACCCCAUGUCAAUGGACCCUUCACACCCGAUCUUGCCCAUCCAAUCAGCAAACUCGGCGAGAAUUCCAAGAAGAACGGCUACCCCAUGGAUAUCAGAGUUGGCCUCAUUGGAUCCUGCACCAAUUCCUCAUACGAAGACAUGGGCAGGUGUGCUGCCAUUGCAAAGGAUGCCCUAGCGCAUGGAAUUAAAUCCAAGAUCCCCUUCAAUGUUACUCCUGGAUCUGAACAGAUUCGUGCCACCAUUGAACGCGAUGGCAUUGCCGAAACAUUCAGGCAAUUUGGUGGAACUGUCUUGGCUAAUGCCUGCGGGCCGUGCAUUGGACAGUGGGAUAGGAAGGAUGUGAAGAAGGGUGAAAAGAAUACCAUUGUUACGUCCUACAAUCGUAACUUCACCGGAAGGAAUGAUGCUAAUCCUGCCACACAUUGCUUUGUGACCAGCCCUGAAUUGGUCACUGCACUUUCAAUUGCUGGCCGUUUGGACUUCAAUCCACUCACGGAUUCCCUCAAGGGGGCCGAUGGGAAGGAAUUCAAGCUUAAGGCACCAUUUGGUGAUGAAUUGCCCAACAAGGGCUUCGAUCCGGGUCAGGAUACGUACGAUGCUCCCCCAGCUGAUGGUACCCAAGUCAAGGUGGACGUUGAUCCAAAGAGCAACCGCCUCCAGUUGUUGGAUCCCUUCGAUACGUGGGAUGGGAAUGAUCUGAAGGAGAUGACGGUGCUCAUUAAGGUUAAGGGCAAAUGUACAACAGAUCACAUCUCCGCUGCUGGUCCCUGGCUCAAGUAUCGUGGACAUUUGGAUAAUAUCUCCAAUAACAUGUUCAUUGGCGCCGUAAAUUCCGAGAAUAGCGAAAUGAAUAAGAUUAAGAAUCAGGUGACGGGAGAAUGGGGUGGUGUACCUGAUGUGGCGCGAUUCUACAAAUCCAAGGGUAUCAAAUGGGUAGCUGUUGGUGAUGAGAACUACGGUGAGGGAUCAUCCCGUGAACAUGCAGCCCUGGAGCCAAGGCAUCUCGGUGGACGUGCCAUCAUUGUCAAAUCUUUUGCCCGUAUUCACGAGACGAAUUUGAAGAAACAAGGACUCCUGCCACUCACCUUUGCCGAUCCUGCUGACUACGACAAGAUUCAGCCAACAUCGAAGAUCUCACUGCUUGGAUUGAAAGAUAUCGCACCGGGACAGCCGAUUGAGUGUGAAAUUAAGCAAGCAGACGGUAAAGUGCAUCGUAUUCAACUUAAUCACACACUUAAUGAGCAACAGAUUGGUUGGUUCAAAGCUGGCAGUGCACUCAAUCGCAUGAAACAACUGGCCAAGCAGUAGAUUCAUCCCUCAAAUGUUUUUAUUUCUUUUUCCCCCAACAAAAAAAAUAUAUCUCUUUACUACAAAACUCCAACCAACACACAUAAUAAGCACGUGACUCUCCACCCACGAAGAGCCUAAAAGAAAAAUCAGAAAGUAACAAUCAUGUGCGGUAGGGUAUAUAAUAUACAAAUUAACGCAGAACAGUGAGUAAUUUGUCAAACAUUUCUUUUUAUUUUUAUUCCUUUCAAUUCUCUCAAAAAACAUCUCGCCGCCCCCCUGGCUGCCGACCCGAAAAUUCUUCAAUGCAAACAUUUUACUUAAUUGUAGAGUCGGUGAAUUGUAAAUAAUAAUAUACAGAAAUAUAUAUUAUAAUGGCUCUA